AUGGAAAGCCGGGAUCCCUCAGUGGCUGUCCUAAGCCCUUCCAGCGUUCUGGUGACCGGAGCCAGCCGCGGGCUGGGGCUGGAGUUUGUCAGGCAAUUGGUGCAACUGCCCAAACCUCCCCAGAUGUUGUUUGCGACCUGCAGGAAUCCCUCCGACUCCCAGGAACUGCGAGAGCUCGCGGCUCAGCACUCCAGUAUUCGAAUCCUCCGCUUGGAUGUGGAGCAUAUUGCUUCUAUUCAAGAGGCCGCAGUUUCUGUCAAGGAGCAGCUGCAAGGCUUGGGGCUGAAUUUACUCAUCAACAAUGCUGGAAGGGUCUUGGACAGUACAAUCCACUCUGAGUCGGAAGAAAACAUGCACCUGCUGUACCAGACUCAUGUUGUUGGUAGCCUAAAGAUGGGCCAGACAUUCCUGCCCUUGUUGAAGAAGGCCGCCCAAACAGGAUCUCAGGAUAGUCUCAGUUGUAACCGGGCUGCUAUCAUCAACAUUUCUAGUACCGCAGGCUCUAUAACAGAACUUUUUGCCUGGCAGUAUGGUCAUUUGUUAUCCUAUCGCUGCAGUAAGGCUGCCCUGAACAUGCUCACCCGGUGCCAAGGCCUGGCCUUUAAAGAGGAAGGAAUCCUGUGUACUGCUAUUCACCCUGGCUGGGUUCAGACAGAUAUGGGCGUUUCUGGAAUUUAUAAGCCUCCUUUGAAGAAAGAAGAAUCGGUGCAAGGCAUGCUGAAGCUCUUUUCUACACUUUCGGAGGAGAAUUCAGGGGGUUUCUACAGUUGGGAGGGAAAGGCAUUGUCUUGGUGAAGUUACAACCAGCUGGGGGUGGUGAUUGAGAUCUGACUCCAGUUAUCUUUCAUGCCUUUCCAUCAACAGCCCAGGAUUGACCACCUCAUUUUGUUUGACGACUUCCCUGAGCUCUGAAUGCCAAUAAAC